UGCCCCUGAAACUGGGGUGAGACAGCGCCGCUUCCAAUCGGCUACCGAUGAGUGCGGCUUGAGUUGAGGACCGUCCGACAUUGGGGGCCAGGAGGCUACAGCUCAAUGGCGCCAGCUAGGCCUGACGAUUCCAAAAGCGUGCAAGUAACGAAGCUCAGCAAUCAGAUUACAAGACACUUCAAAAAAUGUGGCCUUCGGAAGGUCGAGUUCAAAAAGCAGAAAUCUCAACUCAUCGAGAAGGAACUUCAGGCACACUUUAUUCGAGCGAAGCAUGCGCGAGACGAAGACGAUUUAACCCUUUGUGUAUCUAGCCGACCAACGAGUCCAGAGAGUCCAAAGAAAAGUUCGUCCACCCCGGCCCUGCGAACCAGUACUUCGGAGGCUAUGUCGGCGGCAUUGCCUCAAUCACUAGGACGAGCUGUAACUCGUUUCGCUGCGUCGCACACUGAAAUGAUGCAUCCUGCCAUUCACCCUGGCGCGUUGAGCGAGAGGCCAGCUUCACAGACACGGCUUCGGCGGGCGUCUGAGCGAUUGACGUCACCAUCAGAUGAGCAGAUGGCUGCAGUGACUCAGUCUGCUCCAGCUGGUGUCCCGGCACACGAGCAUCCGGAGUCCCCAGGAGAUCAUUUUGCAGCGACAAGUUCAUCCGGUUUGUCCAAAUUCAGGCGUGCUUCGCCGAAGAAGAGGACAAUCGUUUCGCCAGCCUUUGGAUUUUUCCCAGGUGCUACAGAGCGAGAGGAAACCGAGGAAGAUCGGCUGUUCAGCACUCCCAGUCGAGAGGAUGAGCUUUUGGCAGCAGCAGAUGCUGAUGCAGCUGCGUUGAGAGCAACCUGGGCUGGAGGACUGCGGCCACGCGAUCCGCCAGAUAUGAUUGAACGCCUCGGAGAUCUGAUGGCUCUCUUAGGACCCAGGUACCGUACCCUGCCUCGCUCAGAACUCUGGGAAAAGGCAGUUGUCGGGCAGACUACUGCGCUUCAACGACGCGAAAAGCGUCUUGGGCCCGCUGCGGCGCAUUCAAUCUCCGGCUUCGCAAAGAGCAGAGGUGAACGGGAGGCAAGCAAGAAUAGGCCUCGGAGUCCUGAAUGGCUUCCCGACUACGAUCCAGAUGGAGCCGCAAGGGCAGCAUGGCUUCAAGCGCGUGAGCGGGAAAAUGAGAUGAAGGCCAAAGCUAGCUCGCGUUUGAAGGUUUCAUCUGUUUCAAACCUUGGAGCAUCUGUCACACUUGGCACACACUGAAGUUGCGUUGAUGUUUUAUAGAUCUGUCCAGUUGCAAAUGGCUGCAACUGUGAACAAGCCACAAACGUGCAUGUUGCCAAAGGCACAUGUCGAUUUCGCAGCGUUGUUUUACAGGACGAAGAAA